UUUCCAGCUCGAACUCUCAAACAUCUCACGAAUUUGACAGCAAGGCCCAAAAGACAUGAGCAUCCCCAACAAUUCAUCACCAAACUCAGUCAGCAUGGCACCAAAAGCGCCACCAGCAGCACUCGCCUCCUUCACAUUCCCUCCCAGCUUGUCGCCCUUCACCACCCAAGUCAAUGACUAUCUCCUUUCUCACCCUCCAAAGCGCCGAGUGGGAGUCAGCUGCGCGCUCGUCUUCUCUCCUUCAAACCAGCUCCUCAUACUCCAGCGCUCGGCCACAGAUUCCAUGCCCAAUCUCUGGGAGGUACCGGGCGGGUCGUGCGACUCCCACGAGACCAUCUUAGAGGGCGCCGUGCGGGAGUUAUGGGAAGAGAGUGGACUGGUUGCCACCGAGGUGCUGAGACAGGUCGGGGGUGUGCCUGAGUGGCUGGAUAGGGAGAAGGUGUGGUGUAAGUUUAGUUUUGAGGUGAAGGUUAAGGAGGGGAUGGAGGUAGUGUUGGAUAAUGAGGAGCAUCAGAAGUUUCUGUGGGUCAGCGAGGAGGAGUAUAGAAGCGGGGCGGCGGUGAGGGGAGGAGAGAGGACAGAGAUUGAGUUUACAACUGAGGUGCAGGUAAAGACGAUUUUGGAGGGGUUUCGGUUGAGGAAGGAGGGGAAUAAUAGGGGUUUGUGAGUGAGAUUCGGUUUCUCCUUUUGCGGGUUACAUCCAAGCCCUAUUUUGAGAGACAGAAGCUGUGAACUUUUGAGAUAGAUGAGAAUGGGAUAUAGACGUAGAAUUUCGAAGAGCAACGAUAGAUAAACGGUUGCUUUUUGGGUUGUCCUGAUGGGACCGAGGGACAGUCAGAAUGGGCCCAAACUAUGGUGCAGAUGCAAGCUGAAUUUAAUUCAUACAACUG